ACGCAUACUCUAUCUAUUUUACUACAUGGGAAAAAGCUUUUCCCGGCCAUACGAUACUCUUCGGCGGUCACCAGAUACCAGGGCUAACUCAGCACCAAUAUCCUGUUCACCGAACUGUUUUUUACAAGAACCAGCUUUUCACGAUAGAUUAUGUGGCACUCUUUCCUCAGCUGGAACCACUACAUCAAAACCCCAUCACAUCUCACGUUCGCUAAGAAACAGUUUACUUUGCGUGACCCAGCGUUUCUGUCGCCAGCUUAAUCACGAUGCUGAUAAAGGCACUCCACCUCUUUCGCAUGACUUGUCUUCUGGAGGCUCAUUUGAUCGACUACAUCCUUGUUCCCACUCUACGAUGGCUCGCGAUCAUUCCCUUCGUGCCACACAAACUCGCACCAGUGAUCCUCCUGUUCAGUACGAAAAAUCGGCCGAUCACAGCGCAUCUGUUGUGAUGGCAUCUCCAAAUUCCUUCGUUUUCGGAUCAAAGCGUAAUACUAUAACAGACAGUACACCCGGAUCGAACACAUCAUCUGCAUCCUCCACUCGUCUUUGGACUUCACCUCCAUCUCCACCACAAAUCUUGCCAACUCCCAUCCACCCUACCGUCUCCCCAACUCAACCCCUGCCCUAUCCAUCUCCACUGUUAUGGCAAGUUCAACUUCCUAACUAUUCACCCUAUUCGUCAUCUGGGUUGGACCCCUACAACCGCUCUUCACAGGAUCAUCCGAAAACUAGUACACUCGGGACGCACGUCACUCAACAAUCGUCCUUCCCCUCUGCAGUUAGAGGUGUGGCACGCAUUUCGUUUGUGCGGCCUCACGAACGAAAUUUACCUUACGGGCGGCGGUUGGCCACUUCCUUUUUCGAGUCUACUCAUCGAAAUACGCAGGCGAGCUCCCUAGAGGAAUCAUCAAUGCGGUCAAACAUAUCCUCAGUUUGUCACACCGUGGACGCUCACGAGGGCGACCUGCGAUCAAUUUCCACACAGUCAUCAAACACACUGUUUGCACCGUUGCAACCAGACUUCGAGACACCUGUUUCCGGAAAACCACUCAGCCUGAAUCCAGUCACUGCGUUCGGUGACGUGCCGAAUUCGCCGCGUCAGUUGCAUUCAUCAACCUCUUACACGCGUCGAUUCAGGCAACCUUUCUCUGCGAGCACAGUGAGUUUAACUUCGGCGGAUCUUAUGCUAGACACGGAUCCAUCUUUGGUGUACACUCCGACAGAAAAUAAGCCGAGUCCACACGAAAUGUUUGAUUCGAAAGAAAAAUCCUUUGCUUCAAGUUUCAAAGAUCACAUUACAUCUACCAUAUUAGAAUCGGUUGCCGAGCUCAGUCAUGAUAACCUCACUCGUGGCAAUACGCCGAAUGAAACGACAUCUGACACAUCCAAAGUGCAAUCACCAGCUUACCCGUUUUACUCGAUAUCGCGGACUCCAUUCGACGAACUUCGCUCCACUCGGUGUGUGUACCCUGCGUCUACCAGCUGCAGCCGCAAUCCCUGCCCAGAUUGUUUGUCAGUAAAUCCAGAAAAUUUUCAAAACACGAGCGCAAUUGGCGGUUCUUUGAGUCAGCGGAGGCGCCUUCGCUCCAUGCCAGGACGGGCAAGAGCGGGUUCUUUGUCACUCUCUUCCUACGCGACAGUUCUAUUCAACGAAGGUGAUGACUCAGCGGUUACAUCUUUGGGUGAACGCGCCACCGUUCUCUGCGCCACUGAUCAACGGCACAUUCUGCAGGACCUUAAUCGUGUCAAGUUAUUGUUAUUGAAGCUACGGCGUCUUUUAACAGAGGACCAAUGGCACUUACCUGUGUUUACCAAGCAGCUUUCUAUGACCGAACCGAUUCGAAAGCCUCGGUUGCGAAUUCCGCUGCCAACGGAAUGGUUGGAUCUUCAGUCUACGGAUUCGCCUUACGAUAGUUUCAGUCAGCACCAACUGUCUGAGCUUCAUCCAGUCGAUUCGGGACACAUUAGCGAUGAAACCGUCUCUCCUAAACAUUACGAUCUUGUAUACCAGUCGUCAGUCGCCGAUGAGAAACGCACAGCUACUCCGUCUCCCGACUCAUCACUCGCUGAACCCGAUGUUGCUUCCAGAUUGGCUGAAAGUCUUUCACUUUUACAAGAGGAGAAUCUCCGGCUUGGUUCUACUCACAACUAGCUGGAACCUAUGCAAAAUUAUCAGCUGAAAUACUUACAUUCCGCCGGGAGACGAUCACGAGCGUGGCACUAGUGAACGAAGUCAACACGUGCGACUUCUUUUUCCUCGUUUUGGUUGCCCUUUGUUGGGUUCCAUUCGUACUACAAUCUCCCGAGAUCACCUUUCAUGCCAUGACGUUCCUGUUGUUAUUUAUCGUUUUAACGAUAGCUAUCAUAUGCAUGGGCUCCGCUCUAUUGGCCAUGUCAGAUGGAACAUUUCUCUCCCAGCCAUCUCCUUAUUGUCACUCCAGUUACUUUGAUCAGAGCUCCAUCGUCCACAGCGUUCUGGCUUGUGACGAUGCCUACCAUUACCACUGUUUUACCAGUUUCGUAUUUUUUAUUUUUUGUUGCUUAUUAAUAAAACAUGUUUUCUUG